UAUAGCUCCUUAAGUACUGAUUUGGUCAAUCCUUUUGGUUUUCACAUAUUUUAUUAUGAUGAUAGCUGUUGUUAACCUUAUAUUUGUUUCAUAUGUGUGUGUAUAUAUAUAUAUAUAUAUAUAUAUUAUUUCGUCUAUCAGCCUUAUCUUUAACAUAUAUUUUAAGUAGGGACAUGACUAUGUAAGCCAUGGGUUCAUGAACAACAAAACAUAAAAUACUCAGAAAUUAGUUCAUGCUUACCCAUGAUGAAAGGUGUCAAUAUAUACCUUUUUUAUAUUAAACACGACAUAGAUAGGUAGGAAUUCUGUGUUUUCGUAGUGCAUUUUCUUCUUGUCCUCAAUUGUCAUAGAUAUAUUAACUUAAUCAAUCACGCGAUUUGAAUUUUGACAGAAUAAGGAGGAGGAGCCAAAUUCAUAAUCAUAUGAAAUGGCAGCAGAAAAUUUCAGCUCAACACCUCGCAGACCAUUACAAGAACCACAUCCAUUAAGUAUAUUCGCUGGCUCCCAAAAAGACGAUGCUAAUGAGAUCUGUGACACAGAUUUUACUUUUCCCACUUCGCUCACGGUGCCAGCUCCUAGUAGAACAGCUUCCCGGCAUACACUAGAAGAUUCUCCGGAAGCAAAGCAAGAAUACUUCACAAAAUGCGUGCCCCUAUACAAGGCUGCAUUAGAAGGUGACUGGAAAUCGGCCAAAAAAAUCAUAAAUAAAGAUAAGACCAUCGUACGUGCCUGUAUCACAAAAGGAUGGCACACUGUUCUUCAUGUUGCGGCGGGAGCAAAACGUGUUUACUUUGUGAAGAAGUUGCUGAAACUGUUGGAUAAACAAGACCUAAUCUUGCAAGAUCAAAAUGGGAACACGGCCUUUUGUUUUGCUGUUGCAGCUGGAACUCUACCAGUGGCUCACAUGAUGAUACGAAAGAAUCCGAGGGUGCCAGAAAUUCGGGGUGGUAAACAAAUGACACCACUCUAUCUUGCAGCUUUGUUUGGACAUGACGAGACGGCAUCGUAUCUCUACCCUAAACUCAUCAAACUUGUUGAUGAAUGGGAACGAGUUGGGAUAUUUUUCACCUGCAUUAACAAUGACUUAUAUGAACUAGCCUUGAAAAUGGUUCAUGGCUACCCGGAGCUAGUAGUGGCUCGUGACCCCAAUAGUGAGACAGCCUUGCAUUUGCUAGCUCGGAAGCCUUCAGCACUAGCCACCAAAAGCUCAGGAAUAUGGAAGUGCUUCGCUUACUCUUGUACAAAUAGGGGAAGAUUGAAAAGAACUCCCGGCCUUCAAUUAUUGAAACGCCUUUGGGAAGAGAUUAUGUGGCAAAGUGACCGGACGGUGACGGACGUGAUAAGGAAGCCUUCACAUGUAUUAUUCAUGGCAACAAAACUAGGAAACCUUGAGUUCGUGGCUGAGCUGAUUGGGUCUUACCCGGAUUUGAUAUGGGAAACAGAUGAUUGCAAUCGAAGUUUAUUUCACGUCGCAGUUAUGUACCAUCAUGCAGGAAUCUUCAAUCUCGUACAUAAGUUAGGUUUAUACAAGGAUUUCGUGCUCUCAUUCAAAGAUGACAAAAAAUCCAAUAUCCUGCACUUAGCGGCACAGUUAGCUCCGCCACAUCAAUCGAAUAUGGUGCCAAAACCUGCCCUUCAAAUGCAACGAGACUUAUUAUGGUUUAAGGAGGUGAAAAAGGUUGUUCCACCUUUGUACCUAGAGAUAAAAAACUCAGAAGGUAAAACCCCUAGAGAUAUAUUUCACGAACAACAUAAGGGUUUGUUGGAAAAUGGAGAGUCCGGGGUGAAAAGUGGUGUGCAUGCUUGUUUCUACCCACGUUGCUAUUUCAGUGUUGGCUGCUCCUAGUUUAUCUCGACUGGCGUCGUUACAUGAUGGUUGAAAAGAGGCGAAAGUUGUGGUUUUUGAAAUCCAUUAAUAUUUCAUCCUAUAUAUAUAGCUUCAGGCUUUGUAGACAGUGUAUACGUAUUUUCAGUAUUUAACGGUUUUAGGGUUUUAAAUUGUUGAAUGUAUUGCAUUAGGUUGCAUUUUGAUCAUGUAGGCACUAUGUAAAUAGAUUUUUGUGUUGAUUUCUUAAUGAAUAUUGAUACAGUAGAAGCUAAGCUUAUUUACAAAA